GGAGGAGUAAAUGCAUGAGUGUCACCGGCGAAUGUUCAGGUCUAACUCGCUGAGCAUGAUGGCCUCAAUUUACAAGAAACACGGGACCACGACAUCAUCUCUAAUGGCUGUCCCGUUGUGACGUGACACGCUGCAGCAUCAAGACGCACUCGAGCUACAAUGCGAUGGAUCCUCGUGGACCGCAACCAGGACCACCCCCUUUGCCAGCACGUAGAGUGCUCCACAGACAAAAUGCAAACAACAACCUCUCCACGACUUUGACAGAGACUGACUUUGACACUCAUCUUUACGAAGAGAUCGACAUUAUUGUGGAAAAUAAACAAUCGUUCGAGAACAGGUUGCCUCAUUCGAAAUCCCAGUCCGACCCGCAGGCCGACGGCCGAGAACAUCCUAACGGUGCUCAGCAAGGAACGCACAGGCCUCUCCGACCUCGUCGUAUCGCCCCUCCGGUCCCGAGUGCAAGCGCGCCAAGCGGACAGGACCGCAUUUCCCCACCUAUACCCCCCAGGAAGCACGUACCCCUUGGCCACAACAAAACCAGGUUCUCCUGUGACCUGACUGUCCCUGUCCACAAAUUGACCCGCUCCAACACACUACCAGAUGACCUGGAUAAAUGGGUCAUCAAACUGACAGAUACGCCUGAAGGCAGCACCAGAGUGAUGGCUUCAUUCUGUCAAGCCACAUCCAAUCUGCUGUCGCACUACAAGCACACACAAAGUGCUCACAACUCGGGUGUGGUGUACGCUCGAGUGUCACGCCUCCAUCCUGCGCUGCUGCAGCAGGUCGAGCUGACUGUCAGCGUGGCGACCCAAUAUGAAAGUCACCAGCUUCCGAUCCCAACCGCAGUGAAUAGGACGGUGCAAAGUUUAAUCAAUGAGAUCUUCCAGCUGCUGGAGCUCACUCGCAAAACCGGCGGCCAUUAUGUUCUCAAGUUGUGCAACUCUGAGGAGUAUCUCCACAACGAAGAGCCGCUGGGUUUGCACGAGGUCGUUCAAACACACUGCAAGUUCAACGUGGCCCUCCCCCUUCGACUGCUCCACUCCAGCAAUCUGAGACACAGCCUGGCCAGGGAUGAGGAUGACGACAAACCCUCGUGUCAUCUUUACGAGCUGGUGCGGCCCGUCUGCGUCUUCAACACGUGCAAGUUGAGUCUACAGAAUGUGCUGAUGAGCUACAGCAGGGAGGAGGCCAUGCUGAUGAGAAGCAAAUCGGGGAUGAACGUCAACGUCCUGGUGGCCCACGUUCGCACCAUUACCGAUCUCCUGUGCGGCCUCUCAAGCGGGGAGCUGGAAGACGCCAUUGGCCGGCUCAACAGAGUCAACCCCAUACCUCUGAGUUAUGAGGAGAUGUUAGAAGGCGAGAGUGCCAUGCAGGUGCUGCACGAGUCCCUGCUGAAAGUCAUGCAGAGCUUCUUUGAGAACUUCCUGUCCAACUUCAGAACUCAGGACGUUUCCAGCAAACCUCCGACCCGUGAUGUGGAGCAGAACAGUGAACUCUUACAGUUCAAUGUGGCCGCCCUCUAUAAACUUCUACCCAGCUGGGUGACCACGUACGACUGCUUCUCUAUUUCCUGUGAGCUGACGUACGGAGAGACGCAGCUUUGCUCAGCCGUGGUUUCUGAAAACAUCAGCACAGCUUUAUCCUUUGAGAAGAAAAUACGUUGUAACCGCAUGAUGGCGUUUCCUGUCCCAGCAAAGCAGUUGCCCUACGAGUGCAUGCUGACCUUCCAGCUGAUGGGCUCAAAGCGAGGAAAGAGUCCCGAGCUGCUGGCUUGGGCUGUUCUACCCCUUUACAGGAAAAGAACCCUGGUAAGAGGGACCAUCCUGCUCACUUUGUCCAUGUUGGCCAUGCUGUCUUCACCCGCCUCCCCAGCCCUCUUUGACAGCCACAGACAAACAGUGGGGGUCAUCCUGCAGCUUGAGUUUCCCGAUGAAGUGAAGUGGACGUAUCAGAGGCCUGUCGAGCUCCCCGGGUCCUUCAUAUUCUCUUCGCCUUGUGAAGAUCUGGAAAAGAAAAUGUUACAAGUGUCGAAGAAGGUGUGCCUUUGCUUUCUGUCAGAAAACGAGAAGAACUUCCUGUGGAGUAAACGUCACAGCGGUGACAAAGCAAGCACCUUCCUCCAUUUGGUGUUGGGUGGAGCCCCCAAGUGGCAGGCUGAGGACCUCACAGAGAUCUACACAGUUCUGGACCGCUGGGCUAUCCAUCUUCCCGAGGAGGCGCUCUUCCUGCUCACCGAUAAUUUUCCAGACCAGACUGUGCGCAAGACCGCUGUGCAGUAUUUUAAACAAAUUCCUGAUGAUGAGUUGGAGCAGUUUCUACCACAGUUAGUCCAGGCUCUGAAGAGUGAGUGGGAACUGGAUGGACCUCUGGUCAUGUUGCUGCUGGAGAGAUCUCUUAAGAAAAUUCGGAUUGCCCAUCAACUCUUCUGGUUGCUGGAGGAUGCUUGCACAGAGUCGCACUACCAGAGCUGGUUCAGUAAGGUGCACGCGGCCUUGCGCUUCUGCUGCGGCCGAGCGCUGAGAGAGGAGCUGGAUAAAGAGAGUCGCUUGCUGUCGGCACUCGUCCAGGUGGCGGAGAAGGUCCGGGCGUCGGAGAAGACGCGACGGAAGGCUGUUCUGAACAAAGAAAAGGGGAAGAUUGUGGAGUUCUUCAGUGAUGGGGGAAGUUGCUGUCUACCUCUAGAUGUUGCCGUCCGCGUCAAGGGAGUGGACCUGGAUGCCUGUAAGUUUUACAACUCCAAUACCUCUCCUCUGGGGGUGUCCUUCGUUUGCACUGACCCGCUGGCAACGAACAUCACUGUGAUCUGCAAGACAGGAGAUAGCCUGCGCCAGGACAUGCUAGUACUGCAGAUGGUCCGUAUGAUGGACAGGGUGUGGCUCCAAGAAGGGCUGGACUUGCGAAUGGUCACCUACAGAUGUCUUUCUACUGGGACGACUCAGGGUCUCAUAGAAGUGGUUCCUGAGGCGGUGACGCUGGGGAAGAUCCAGCAGGAGUGGGGUCUGGGUGGCACCCUUCGACAGGACACCCUGGAGAAGUGGUUUCAUAUGUGGAAUAAAACAAAGGAGGACUAUGAAAAGGCUGUGAUGAACUUCAUUCACUCAUGUGCAGGUUGGUGCGUGGCCACCUUCAUCCUGGGGAUCUGCGACCGCCACAACGAUAACAUCAUGUUGAAGCACAGCGGUCACAUGUUCCACAUCGACUUUGGCAAGAUCAUGGGCAAUGCGCAGAAGAUCGCAAACUUUAAAAGGGACCGAUCACCGUUCAUCUUCACAUCGGAGAUGCAGCACUUCAUCACAGGCGGUGGGCAGAAGCCUCAGCGCUUGCAUCGCUUUGUGGAACUUUGCUGUGAAGCUUACAACAUCAUCAGACACAGAUCUGCUCUCGUACUCAGCCUGCUGGAGCUAAUGACCAAUGCAGGAAUGCCCGAACUCAAGGACUGUAAUGACCUGCAGUACGUCCAGAGAAACCUCAGACCUCACGACACUGACCUGGAAGCCACAUCCUACUUUACAAAGAAGAUCAAGGAGAGCAUAGGUUCUGUUGCAGUCAAGUUGAACUUCCUAACACAUAGCAUGGCCCAAGGGAAGAAGCAGACAACGCCGAUCCGUGAUGCCGUUCCUGCUCCCAGCACCAACAUUCAAGAUGCUGUCAUCCAGGACUUUGCCGUCAAGGACAAAGUUGCGAUCUAUGACCUGAGAGUGACCAUCGACGAUGGCUUUUGGUAUAACGAAAUGACAUUUGAAGAUUUUGAGCUGAUCCACAAGCAACUGCAGAAACACUUCAUAGAAUCUGCUAUGCCUCAGUUUCCGUGUUGGUAUAUGAUGUCAUUCACCCCCAACAGGAAGAUGUCUCUGUUGAAUAAAUACCUCAAACAGCUUUUUGAGGGACCUUGCAAGGGAAAUGAAUUUGUGUGCAGUUUGUUCUUGGAUGGGCCAAAAAUGGUUAAGCAAAGUGUGGUAAAAGAAGCCUGCCCUCAAAUCCAGCUGUACAUAACUUACAAGGAACGAAAGCUCUCAGUCUUGGUUAAACACCUCAAGAACAUUAAUAUGCCCAAUGGCUCCAACCCUGAUGCCUAUGUGGUCACAUGUCUGAGACCGGAUCCCCAGCAGAAGUCCAAGAGAAAGACUAAAGUGGUGCGGAAUAAUGACAACCCCACGUUCAAUGAACUGCUGGAGUACGCAAAUGUCCCCCUUCUGUAUGGGAUGGUGCUGGAGGUGAGCGUGAAGAGCAAAAAGACGUUUGUAGCUGCCACAAACAUUAAAUUGGAAGAGGAGCUGCUCAACAAGGAGACUUGGUUCACACUAGGAAACUCGGCACUUUGACCCAAGUUGCUGCACUGCAGGCCUGUUGCCAACAGGGGGUGCAACCACAAUGUCUAUUGUCUCAACUACAGUGCAGUGUGAAUAAAACUGUGGAUGAAGUUACAAGUGGGGGGGACUCAUGAAAGAACUGUUAGGUAUUUUAACUGCAGUGAUUGAAAGCACCGAGUUUUUGUUUUUAAAUGCCAAUCAAAUGUCGGAAUAAUGACGAUAAUCUAAUACGCUUUUUUCAGACUGUUUCUUUCCUCUUUACCACGUCACACUGGAUCAGAAUCGGAAUCAUCUUUAUUUUGCCAAGUAUGUCCAAAAAACACACAAGCACAUGCAUUGAGAUGCAUUUGUAUGAACAAUUUGCAUGCACCACGGUCCAUAUGGGCAUGCUUGCUUGGGUUUGGUGUGGAAGCCCUGAUAACAACCCCAUCAAAUAAUCUCCAUAUUCUAUUUUCACCUCCUGGAAGGCAGUGGUUUCAAACUAGCUUUGCUCACAGUUUUCAUAGUUAUGAAAAAAACAAGAAUAUGUUAUGAAGAAAAAAGAAGAAAAAAAAAGUGUUCCCCCACAGUCCUGCUGAGAAAAUUGCCAAUAGAUACCACAAGAUGGCGAAAAAAAAUAAUUCUGUUUGACAAGGCUAUAGCAUGAAUAAAUCAAAAAAGCUCCUCCCCUCACUUCAACAUAGUUUCAUAGUAUCAAAAAAGCUCCUCCCCUCACUUCAACAUAGUUUCAUAGUAUCAAAAAAGCUCCUCCCCACACUUCAACAUAGUUCCAUAGUAUCUUGGUUUUAAGUUCAGUUGGGCCACUAUGACAUUCUUAUACUUUUUUAAACAUUGUAAAACCAAACCGUCAGGCAGCCAUGUAUUAUUGUAUUAUAGUAAUUUGAGAAUCUGCUACAUCACAGGUUUCUGUGAAAGGUGAUUAGGUAAAUAGUUUUGGAUUUUUCAGGGUUGCGGGUGGCCCACAGUGCUGUAUCCCACCAGACUAGAUCUGCCCCUGCCCUCAGCAGAUUUCCAUAUUCAGAACCAAAGCAAUCUUUAAAGCAGUGUUGACUUGAUGAUCAUAAUUAAUAUUUUCACAAAUCAGACCUUGAGAGUGGAGGAAAACAUUUUUGCUUCUAAAAUUGAAUUCUUUAUUCACAAGCCAUCCGCCCAACCCCCCCCCCCCCCCCCCUUUUGCACGCCUCUCGUAGUUUUGAUGUUAUAGUUGUAAAGUUUCUUUGCAUAGUUACAUAUAUAUAUAUAUAUAUAUAUAUAUACACACACACACACACACACACACACACACACACAGUCCCGUCCGAAAGUACUGGAACGGCAAGGUCAAUUCCUUUGUUUUUGUUGUUUACUGAAGCCAUUUUGGUUUCAGAUCAAAAGAUGAAUAUGAGACCAAAGUUCUGAAUUCCAGAUUUUAUUUCAUGGUAUUUACAUGCAGAUGUGUUAAACAACUCAAGACAAAGCACCUUUUGUCUGAACCCACCCACUUUUCAAGUGAGCAAAAUUAUUGGAAAAUGUGACUAAUGGGUGUUUCUAGUUGCUCAGGUGUUGCCUUUUAGAUUGAUUGCUUAAUCAUUAGUUUGUGCUUGUUUUUGGCUUUGGGUUUCACCUCUGAAAACUGAAUUUGCUUUUAAGCAAACAUGAAGACCAGAGAGCUGUCUAUGGGGAAAAAGCAAACCAUUUUGAAGCUGAGAGAAGAGGAAAAAAUUAUCAGAGCUAUUGCACAACCAUUGUGCAUAGACAAUACAACAAUUUGGAAUGUCUUAAAAUGAAAAAAACUAUUGGUGUACUGAGCAACAGAGAUCGAACAGGUCAGCCAAGGGUAUCAACAAAAACCCAAAGACAACAGGCAUCACUGCCAACCUCCACAGGACAGGGGUGAAGGUAUCACAAUCCACUGUUGGAAGAAGACUUGGAGAGAAGAAAUAUACAGGCCAUACAUAACACAAGAUGCAACCCACUCAUCAGCAAAAAGAAUCGGAAGGCCAGAUUGGAAAGAAGUAGAGAUAUGAGCCACAAAAGUUUUGGAACAAAGUUUUAUGGACUGAUGAGACCAAGAUUAACCUCGAGCAAAGUGAUGGAAAGGCCAAAGUAUGGAGAAAGAAAGGAUCUGCUUAUGAUCCAAAACACAAACGCUCAUCUGUGAAGCAUGGUGGAGGUAAUGUCAUGGCUUGGGCUUGCAUGGCUGUUUCUGAAAUGGGCUCACUCGUCUUUGUUGAUGAUAUAACUCAUGAUGGUAGCAGCAAAAUUAAUUCUGAAGUCUACAAAACCAUUUUGUCUGACAAUUUACAGAAAAAUGCAUCCAAACUCAUUGGGAUAAGAUUCAACACGACAAUGACCCAAAACACAAAGAACUUCAUCAGGGAGAAAAAGUGGCAAGUGUUAGACUGGCCAAGUCAAUCACCGCACCUUAACCCAAUAGAGCAUGCAUUUUACCUCCUGAAGAGGAGACCGAAGGGAGAAAGAGGCUGCAGUAAAGGCCUGGAAAAGCAUUUCAAAUGAUGAAUGCAACAGUCUGGUCAAGUCAGUGGCUCGCAGGCUUCAUGCAGUUAUUUUAAGUACGGAUUAUGCCACCAAAUAUGAAAUGCUAUUAACUUUAAGUUAAUGUAAUAAUAUCUGUUCCAAUACUUUUGCUCACUUGACAAAGUGAAAAGAGAGUGAGUAGUCAAACAAAAGAUGCUCUGUCCUGAGUUGUUUAACACAUCUAGAUGUAAAUAGUAUGAAAUAAAAGCUGGAAUUCUGAACCUUUGUCUCAUUCAUCUUUUGAUCUGAAACGCAAAUGUCUUCAGUUUACAACAAAAACAAAGGAAUGGACCUUGCUGUUACAGUACUUUUGGAGGGGACUGUAUAUUUAAAACCAAUUUAUUAGUAGUAGUUGUCAGGUGUGGUCACAGCUAUGAGGGAUCUUAGUGUCGCACCCCCCACACACACACACCAGGAUGCAGGAUGUGUCAAAUGUUUUUUUUUUGUGUGUUUUGUAUAUGCUGCAGGCCACUAGAAAAAUUGAUGCUCGGCUGCAAAUGGCCCCCAGGCCGUAGUUUUGACACCACUGCUCUUGUGGUAUGCGAAAGAAACACUGCCAAGUACAGUUCAGUUGUAUUUAACUUUUGAGUUCAAUACAUUUGCAUUUAAUCUUAAAGAACUAUUUAUUUUGAAACAUUGAUUUGGGUACAUUUUUAUUUUAUUUUAUGUGCUUUACAUUUUAACUGAAUCACUGCUUCAGCAAAAAAAAAAUAUAUAUAUAUAUAUCUAAGCGAAGACUUUGGACACUACGCUCAAUAUUUUUUGAGGUGGUACUUGGUUUAAAAUGUGUGAGAACCACUGGUUUAAACAUUAACAGAUCUUAAUGACAUUUCUAAUGCUAAGCAUAAAUCUUUGCUUUUUAGGAAAGUUUGAACAGUAGGUAGGGAUGAUGCUAUAAAAAUUGCUCUGGCUCCAUCUGAAGAGGCUGGAAGCCGCAUUAACACUUUUUUCCAUAGACUUUGCAUGUGGCUAGAGUGAGAGGCCGUUACCAUUAAGAUUGUGGCAAUCUUUCACAUCAUGGAGGCAACAUACAGUAUAAUGCUGUGGAGGGCUAGUUUGAAACCUUUUGCUGAUUAGCAUGUGUGAGCAAGAUGGAGGAAAAAAAAACACUUCCCACGCACACACACACCGCACAACUCAUUGGGUGUAUGCUGAAGCAGGUCCUCGUGUUAUCUUAAUACCAUCCUCCUGCUGACAGGACCGCUCAGCCCUCCUCUCACUCUCCUUUAUUGGAUUUGGUGAUGAAGCCCAACAGAAAUAGACUUUUCUUCACUGGAUUUACUUCAAUAAUGUAUACCUCUGUGGAUGCUAUUUAUACGAUUCCCUGCUGGAUUCCUCACAUGGGAGGGAACGAGUGAUGCCUGGGGGGUAAAAAAGAAAAGCCUCUCUUUCAUAGUAGAACUCAUGGCGUGUUACUGUAACCUAGUGUCAUUUGUUAGGUCUCAGCCACAGCAAAAGCCUUGGAUUUAUUGUUCUGAGGGAAAACAACUUUGCUCGCAUUAACUGAACUCACAUCAAAAAUGAUUUUUUUGUCACAGGAAACUACAAUCUCACUCAAGGGAUUUUGCCCUUCGCUUUAAUUUAUACAAGCUGCAAACAAAGAUGUGCGCAGGCCUGCUCAUUGGAGUGUUCUGGUAUUUUCCCUGAGCAGCACUGGCAGGAAUAUAGCACAUCUAUUUUCACAUAAUAAAACUGAUAUUUAUAACUGAGAA